AUGAAUCAAGAACAAUUAAAACAGAUAGAAAAUGCGAUUGUGGGUCUUCUAAAAAAUGAAGUUGGUCCCAUCAUCAAGACUAAAGCGCAUGAAAAGUCGAAAUAUGUCAAUAAGUCCAAUGCCGUCGAUUUAGUUACAGAGACCGAUAAACAAAUAGAAGUAUUAAUCAAGGAAAAAUUGGGAGCCUUAUAUCCAGAUUUCAAAUUCAUUGGUGAGGAAUCGUAUCAACCUGGCGUCACAAAAAUUUCUGAUGAGCCAACCUUUAUAGUUGAUCCAAUUGAUGGCACUACAAACUUCAUUCAUGACUUCCCCUUUAGUUGCUGUUCAAUUGGCCUUUCCAUAAAUCAAGAAGCUGUGGUGGGUGCCGUAUAUAACCCUCACCUCGGCCAAUUAUUCCAUGGUUCCAAAGGGAAUGGUGCUUUCUUAAAUGACACUAAAAUUGUUAUAGCCGAAAGACCAUUGAAAUUACAACAGUCAGUUAUUGGAUUCGAAGGCGGUGCAGAAAGACAAGGAUCUAAUUUUGAAGUUAAAAUGAGUACUUUGAAGAACCUUCUGGAUGCUCAAAAGGGUUUUGCCCAUGGCUUUAGAAGCUUGGGAAGUGCGGCAAUGAAUAUGUGCUAUACUGCAUUAGGAACAUAUGAUGCAUACUGGGAAGGCGGCUGCUAUGCAUGGGAUGUGUGUGCAGGCUGGUGCAUUCUUAAAGAGACAGGAGGAAUGGUAGUUGGUGGUAAUGUAAAUGAAUGGGAGAUUCCACUAGAUAGAAGGUGUUAUUUUGCCAUUAGAGGCGGAAGUAGCGAAGAUGAACAAAAAAAGUUCGUGCAAGAAUUCUGGAACCAAGUCCCUGCAGAAUUGAAGUAUUGA